AUGAGAACGUCCUUCCUAGGAACUCCCUGGGUGUGCGUUAGAGCAGAAGUUGAAGCCUUUAACUAUGAGAAUGCUUAUAAAACUGUCUCGGGUGUGAAUGGUCCCCUGGUGAUCUUGGAUCAAGUGAAGUUUCCUCGAUAUGCAGAGAUUGUCCACUUGACUCUCCCUGAUGGCACAAGAAGAAGUGGGCAGGUGCUGGAAGUCAGUGGCUCCAAAGCUGUGGUUCAGGUGUUUGAAGGAACUUCAGGUAUUGAUGCUAAGAAAACAUCUUGUGAGUUUACUGGGGACAUCCUGCGAACCCCUGUCUCUGAGGACAUGCUUGGCAGAGUGUUUAAUGGAUCAGGAAAGCCAAUAGACAGAGGCCCCAUUGUUUUGGCUGAAGACUUCCUUGACAUCAUGGGUCAGCCCAUCAACCCCCAGUGCCGCAUCUAUCCCGAGGAGAUGAUCCAGACUGGGAUUUCAGCCAUAGAUGGGAUGAACAGUAUUGCCAGGGGGCAGAAAAUCCCCAUCUUCUCAGCUGCUGGCUUGCCCCACAACGAGAUUGCAGCUCAGAUCUGUCGCCAGGCUGGCUUGGUCAAGAAAUCCAAAGAUGUGAUGGACUACACUGAAGAGAACUUUGCCAUCGUGUUUGCUGCUAUGGGUGUGAACAUGGAAACUGCUCGGUUUUUCAAAUCAGACUUUGAGGAGAAUGGAUCCAUGGACAAUGUGUGUCUGUUCCUGAAUUUGGCCAAUGAUCCCACCAUCGAGCGCAUCAUCACUCCUCGUCUGGCUCUCACCACAGCAGAGUUCCUGGCAUAUCAGUGUGAGAAGCACGUGCUGGUCAUUCUGACAGACAUGAGCUCCUAUGCUGAAGCUCUGCGAGAGGUCUCAGCAGCCAGAGAGGAGGUCCCUGGUCGCCGUGGUUUCCCAGGCUACAUGUACACUGACUUGGCCACCAUUUAUGAGCGUGCUGGGCGUGUGGAAGGCAGGAAUGGUUCCAUUACUCAGAUCCCUAUUCUUACCAUGCCCAAUGAUGAUAUUACUCACCCUAUCCCUGACUUGACUGGAUACAUCACUGAGGGACAGAUCUAUGUGGACAGGCAGCUGCAUAACAGACAGAUUUACCCACCCAUUAAUGUCUUGCCCUCCUUGUCUCGACUGAUGAAGUCAGCUAUUGGAGAGGGCAUGACCAGGAAGGAUCAUGCAGAUGUAUCCAACCAACUGUACGCCUGCUACGCCAUCGGGAAGGACGUGCAGGCCAUGAAGGCUGUGGUUGGUGAGGAAGCUCUUACCUCAGAUGAUCUCCUUUAUCUGGAGUUUCUGCAGAAGUUUGAGAAGAACUUCAUUGCUCAGGGUCCUUAUGAAAACCGCACUGUUUACGAGACCUUGGACAUUGGGUGGCAGCUUCUGCGGAUCUUCCCCAAGGAGAUGCUGAAGAGAAUUCCUCAGACAACACUGGCUGAGUUCUAUCCUCGAGAUUCCACUGCAAAGCACUAGCCCCGGCUUGGUUUCUAACUCCUUGCUCUGUGAAAUGCUCUUUGUUUUCUUUUUCUUUUUUCCAUGUGUUGGUGUUUACUUGUCGCCCUUACAAUUAAAACCAAGAAUAGGUGACA